AAAUGACGCCAUCGCUUUAUUUUUACACCAAUGACCUCAUCCCGGCAGCUUGAAGUUUACUGACCAGCGAAACUCUUUUCUCUCGUUCGUUCCUCUCCUUGUGCCUUGCGCUUCCCUUGUGUUUGUCGUCCUUCGGGUCAUUCUGGGAACCGAAGGCUUUAAAAAAAAGGAAAAAAAAAAACCACAAAAAGACCAAAGACACACGCAAAACCCCCUAACCCCCAAACUUUUUCCCUCCUCCAUAGCUUUUCAGUGUGUGUCCCCUCUCAUCACUAUCCCCGUUUAAUUUUUUUCUAGCCAUCUUGGUGGGGGGUGGAGGAAGGAGAAGGAAAGCAAAAAAAAAGAAAAAGAGCUCCAAAGCUCCAAAUGUUUCCUUUUUCUGGUCCUCUCCCCUCCCACCUUCACGCUUCCCACUCUUAAAAAAAAAAAAAAAAGACGAAUAUAUUUUUAUUUUUUUAAUUAUUUUAAAAUUGCUGGGGUUUGGUUGUGUUUUUUUUUUGGUUUUGUUGAGUUUUCUUAUGCAAGAAGAAGGAAAAAGAGGAGCUUUCCCAGCGACUGGAAGAAGGCAGAGUUGUUUCGGGCGGCAGCCGCGAGGCUGGUGGCAAUUAGUUUUAUCCUUGCCGAGGGGACAGACAGACGGACAGACAGACGGGCAGGGGGUGACACAGCUCUUAGUCUGCUGCAGAGCCGAUGGGUGGGAGCAAAGGUAAAGAAUGAUGUCUUGCAGCAGCAGGCAGAAAGCAUCUUUUGUGUGAACUGUGAACUGGCUGCUCCACAGUCAUGUCCUGAUGAAUCAGACGUGAGGGGUUGCUUUGUGGCACAUCAGCUGGAAGCAGGAGGAGACGUUCAGCUGAAGAGCUCCCUCCGAAAAUGGAUUUAACUUUUCUUUCGCCAGUCACCGCCAGCGUGACCUCAUGCAUCUCUAGCACAAUGGUGUGGCUGAGCCUUUGAGUACACAGCUAUUACAUCAUCGCGGCAAAUUGGGGAGGGAGGCGCUGAAAGAGGCCUUGUUGUUGUCAUGGCCGAUGAGAUGACCGGGACUCAACCCAUUGCGGCUGAGAAGUUGGUGGCCUUGCUGGAGAGCGGUACAGAAAAGCUGCUGCUGAUUGACAGCCGCCCCUUUGUGGAAUACAACACGUCCCACGUCCUGGACGCCAUCAACAUCAACUGCUCCAAGCUGAUGAAGCGGAGGCUGCAGCAGGACAAAGUUUUGAUUACAGAGCUCAUUCAGCACUCGGCAAAACACAAGAUUGAAAUUGACAGCAAGCAGGAAGUGGUGGUGUACGACCAAAGCUCCAAAGAUGUGACCUCUCUCUCAUCUGACUGCUUUCUUACCGUGCUCCUGGGCAAACUGGAAAAGAACUUCAGCUCUGUGUAUCUGCUGUCAGGUGGAUUUGCUGAGUUCUCCAGCUCUUUUCCUGGUCUCUGUGAAGGAAAAUCCACACUCAUCCCUACGUGCAUUUCUCAGCCUUGCCUCCCCGUUUCCAACACUGGCCCGACCAGGAUCCUGCCUCAUCUCUACCUUGGGUGUCAGCGGGACGUCCUCAACAAGGAGCUGAUGCAGCAGAACGACAUUGGCUACGUCCUGAAUGCCAGCAAUACUUGUCCCAAGCCUGACUUUAUUCCAGAAUCCCAUUUCCUCAGAGUGCCUGUGAACGACAGCUUUUGUGAGAAAAUUUUGCCUUGGUUGGACAAAUCAGUCGAUUUUAUAGAAAAAGCAAAAGCAUCAAAUGGCCGUGUGUUAGUGCACUGCUUAGCUGGGAUAUCUCGCUCUGCCACCAUCGCCAUCGCCUACAUCAUGAAGAGAAUGGACAUGUCCCUGGAUGAAGCUUACAGAUUUGUGAAAGAAAAGAGGCCGACUAUUUCUCCCAACUUCAAUUUCCUGGGCCAGCUUUUGGACUUUGAGAAAAAGAUAAAAAACCAGGGUGGUCAGCCUGGACACAUUAGUAAGUUGAAACUUCUGCACCUGGAGAAAAGCAGCGAGCACGUGCAGGUUCCGGACGGGGGGCAGAGCCUGUCCCUGAACCAGCUCUGCAUCGCUGCCGCCUCCGAGGUGGCGGAGCAGAAACCCACGGACUGUGGCAGCGCAGCACGAGGGCACCUGUCCCCUCUGGAAGAUGGCCCGCUGGUGCAGGGCAUGAACGGGCUGCACGUCUCCCUGGAUAAGGUGGAAGACAGCAACCGGCUGAAGCGCUCCUUCUCCUUGGAUAUCAAAUCCGUGUCCUACUCCUCCAGUGGCAACCGCGUGACCGCAGCAGUUCAGGGCUUUGCCUCCGCCGAAGACACCCUGGAGUACUACAAACAUGCAGCUGCUUUGGAGGGUGGCAGCAAACUGUGCCAGUUCUCCCCUGUCCAGGAGGUGUCGGAGCAGACCCCAGAAACCAGCCCCGACAAAGAGGAAGCAAACCCUCCCCAAAAGUCCCCGAACACGUGGCAGCUGGACGGCCAGGGCAAGCGGCAACACCCGGGGAGAGGCAGCGGCGGUGCCACCACGCAGCGGUCGCUCCUGUACCCCCUGCACCGCAGCGGCAGCGUGGAGGACAACUACAGAACGAACUUCUUGUUCGGCCUCUCCACCAGCCAGCAGCACCUGGCAAAGUCUGCCGCCGGGCUGGGCCUCAAGGGCUGGCACUCGGACAUCCUGGCUCCUCAGACGUCGGCCGCGUCCCUUACCAACAGCUGGUACUUCGCAGCAGAGUCCUCCCGGUUCUACUCGGCCUCGGCCGUGUUGGGGCAGGGCGGGGGCUGCUCGGCCUGCAGCUGCAGCCAGCUGCCCUCGGGCUGCGAGCAGGCCUGCGCCGUGCGCAGGAGGGCGAAGCAGGGCGACCGCGGCGACUCCCGCAGGAGCUGGCACGAGGAGAGCUCCUUCGAGAAGCAGUUCAAGCGCAGAAGCUGCCAGAUGGAGUUUGGGGAGAGCAUCAUGUCGGACAGUAGAUCCAGGGAAGAACUGGGCAAAGUAGGCAGUCAGUCAAGUUUCUCAGGCAGCAUGGAAAUCAUCGAAGUGUCCUGAGGGGCGGGCAACGGCCUUGUUGUGUGUCUGUAUCAGAGCUGCUUCCCCCUCCAGGCUGCUCCCCCAGCGUUUGAGAGAUCCCUGUAAAUCUGAAAUCGCGUGUAAAAAGGUGGGGGGGAGGGAAGAACCUCGAGGCUUCGGUGUGAACACAGCAAAAGGUUAGUACUGCAAAGAGGUGACGAGCGAGCUUCUGCCCGAGGACACCAGGGGUACCGCUGGGUUCUUCUCCUCUCCUUUCCUGGAGAAGGGCAGAGCACUUCAGAGGUCUUUAGAGGAAGCAGUUGUAUGCAAUGGAUUGCACAGUUUCAGUGGUUUUUUAUAAAGGAAGCUCUCCUGGUAUCAACCUUGCUCUGGUUCCACUGAGACACGUUCCUACCUGUCAAAACCAGUUUUGUUCUCCCCCCCUCGUGCCCCAUAUGUUCACCAGUGCACCUUAGCCCUGACACUGAGCCAACCUCUGGAGGGAGACCUUUUUCCUGUAAGGAGACCGGGAGCAAUUCCAAAGGACAUAGGGACUGGUUACAGCGAGGCUUGUCUGAACACACAGCUCAGACAAAUGUAAAUACUGGUGUAACUAUUGUUCUAAUGGAUAGGCUUUAGGUGAUUUGCUAGAGAGCUGCUUCAGAGAAAAAAAAAAGUACCUCAAAAAUAUAAAAAAUAAACUAGGGCUUUAUGGCUGCCACAUGCUGGUAGUCAGUUCAUAGCAAUGUGAACAAGUAAGGACUAGCCACAUUUGUGUUUUUUGUGUUGUUUUUUUUUUUUUUAAGCUGUCUACGCACAAGUGUUUCAAUUGGCUCAGCAGCAAUGCUUCAGAGAAGAUGAAUGAACCAUACUUAGGACUGUUUCCCCCAGUCUUUUGAAACAGUGUUCAUAUUUUUUAUAUUAAGCUGGCUUCUGGGAGAGCGGUAGAGUUGCUUUGGCUCCUAAGCUGGAAUGGAGUGGUUGAUAGGUAGGGUUACGUGCAAGAGAAGUGGCUGCUACGAGUGGCCACAACAUGCUUUUCUUGCCAGUGAAUAAUUCAGUAGGAGGCUCUUGAAGGCCUUUUUUGGUUUGGGGGUUUUUUGGGCGGUUUUUUUGUGGUUUUUAAGAUAAAAAUGUGGUAGGCUUUUAUCCUCAACUGAGCAGUACCACUGAGGAACUGCUCUUCAUGGAUGGUCCCAGUCCUGUGUGGGGUGGGGGCAAUGCAGGUGGUUGGGUUUUAUUGCAUUCCAGCAUGGAUUGGGACUGGCUUUUCAUUAGUUUUGCUGAGUUCAUCAGAUAAAGGGAAGUCUGGCUAGCUACCCAAGGAAAACAGAAGGGGGCCUCCCUCCAGUGUCCCAUCUCAGAGUGUGGUGAGAAAGAAAGGGGCUUUGAGAAGAGGCAGCUUGGUCUUUCCCAGCACCCCUCAGAAAAUGUGCAUUGAGGGGAAACUGUAUUGUUUUGUCCCAUUUCAGUGCAGGCAGCUGAAAACUGUACAUCACACGUAACAAAUAAUUAACCCAGGCCAACAGCUUUAAAAAAAAAUUUGUCAGCAGCAACCUGAAGCCCUAAUUCAAGUGAGCAGCUUGGGUUAUGUUAGGGGUUUUUUUACUGUAAGUUUAGCUAGUUUGUGACUCAAAUCUCAGGUUUUACUAUAUUGAAAAGUGGAGAAGAUUUUGUCAUUGUUUCGUUUUGUGGCUAGGAUGUGACUUUGAUUUCCUACAGUGGACUGUUGAAAAUAGCACUGAAAGCUACAGCGUUGAUUAACUUGAUCCUAAAAAGUGCAAAAAGCACAGAGACAGCACCAGGAGGCUCUGUUUGGGUCGUGUGUAGAUGUUGGAAGAAGAGGUAGCCCAGGCAAGGGACAGGUUGACAUCACACCUAUCAGGUGUUCAUUAAACAUGCACUUGUCUCUGUUUACGUAUCAGGUGAAAGCAAUUACAUCACAACUAUUUUCAGCAUGUGUAUACCUAUGUAAACAGUUUAACAGGGCUCCUCUCAGCCAGAUUUCAGGACAAGCCCACAUCUGUGGUUUAAAUCAGUUAGUGGGGGUUAACACAUAUCAAUCCCUGAAGACAGAAGCAGAUUCUUCCUGUCUUUUGUGCUCCUUCAGACCUGUGUGUUCCCCCCUUCUCUGUGUUUGGGUGUUGGUUCUUCUCCUGUUUGAGGUUUGUUUGCUUGACUGCCUUCUGAGGAACUGAAAUCUGGUCUUGUGGCUCCUUGUGAUUUCCAGUAGUCCCUGAACAAAUCAAAGCUGUAGGCUCGGUAUUUUUAGGGGAUGUCCCCAUAGGACGAUGCCUUAACCCCAUGUCCCGCACAGGGUGGUGCCCUGGCUCCUGUCUGAACUAGAGUCCUGUGCCUGAACAAUACUGGAAAUGGUUUGCAGGAGUCUGGAAAGCAAAGUGGAGGAUGUGAGAGGGGAGAGGUGUCCAUGUUCAGUAUGGAUAUAAUGUAUGGUCACCGGUGUAUGGCCUGCUGGGCAUAUUUGUGUUAUGGAGAGCUAUUCGAGUGGUUCAGAGAGAUGUGAGGUUCUCAUCUUGUUGUGUGGUGAGCAUUACCUGUAUGUAUGAUGAAAUAAAAUCAGAAAUGGUACCUGUUUAUACAGAAGGGCUGAGGAAGGAGUUGUGGAGUGUGCGUUCCCUGUGCCUGUUCAUGACUUACAUGGCCGCAGCAGCUUUGCACCCCUUGUCGCAGGUAGGAGUGAUUUUACAGCACCGGUAACCAUUUAGGCCUCUUACCUGUUCCUGAAGACCCCACCUCUUCUGCUCCCUUGGAGAUCAACCCUGGCACUUCUCUGCCCUCAGUGUCUCAUACAGGUGUGAGUAACCUACUCCUCUUAGUCUUGUUGAAGCAAGUAUUUCAAAUUUAUUAAGUUACCUAGAAUGAUCCCCCUCCUUUUUUUCUUGCCUCCCAUACUUCUUAUUUGAAGAUUAAUGUAAUAACUUGUUUAAAUACUUAUUUUGACUGAUUCUGUCACUCCUGAAGCAUGCAGAGCAAGCUGCUUCAGAGAACAGCUCAUACAAAUCACAAUGUUUGUGUAACAGCAUCUUCAAACUCAGGUGCAGCAGCAGAAGCUUUUUCUUUUCUUAAAAAGAGAAUUUCAAAGCCUAAUCCCAGAAAGGGAAAUGCAGAAUUCUUAGCCUCCCUAAAAGGAACCAAACCAUCAGCCAGAGCACAAGUAACAACCUAUGUGAGUUUCUGUGCUUAUUUUCUACAAACAAGAUGUAGCAACUCUUACAUAGAAAGCUGCAGCCAUUCCAUGGCAAAACCAGAACCACGCUGAUUAAAUGGCAAGAGCUGCUUAGCCUACAAAACAGGUUGACAUGACAAUCUAAGAUUUCGCUGCUCCAGCUUCCCUUACCCUACUCCAAAGUCCACUUCCCAUCGCAGCAGCUCUGCUCCCUGAAGUUCUGCUUUUUGAAGAAUGCACUUGCCACUCCUUUCUGCCUGCCUUGCAGGACUCGCUCUGCUCCUGGUCCACUCCAUCCUUCCACUCCUGCCCCUGCCGGCAGACAGCUCUGUGCAGAGACACUCUAAUGCCAUCUCCAGCCAAAAUCCAGGGGACAACUGAGAUGUGUCUCAUGCAUGUCAGCAAGACUUAAUUUUCGUUUCACCAAAGUCACCUACCCAGACAUUUUAAUUAGCUAGCCAUACACCUGGCUAGCCUGUAUUUGUUUCAUUUUCUGAGAUAAAACAGCAUAGAUUAGCAGUUCACAUAAAAAAUGUUUGGACCAAGUCAAAAUGCCCAUUUAUUCCUGGUUAUGUUACUGUCCUGUUGGAGGCCAUCGUAUUUCAUUACCUUCACAGCAUCCCUACGAGCUCACUGCUCAGUCUCCACCUGUAAAAAUACAGUAAAAAGACAAAAAGGUUUAUUCUAGGCAGCUGACAUUGGGAACUGACCUUGGAGUGCUUUUCUCUCCUCUCUCAUGCCCAAGGAUGACUUUUGAAGGCUGUAGGAACGCUGGAGCCCAUCCAACACCACCUCAGACCUGCCCUGGCUUUGGGGACUGCUGGGUGAGCAAUUCUCCUUCACAGAAUGAAAUCACAGAGUACUGAGGUGGAAGGGACCCACAAGGAUCAUCAAGCCCAUCCAGGGAUCAACCCCACCUCUCUGGCAUUAUUAGCACCAUGUUAUAAC